AUGGCGGACACCACUCUCCACGAUGGUCCUGCGCCCAACACCCCCUCCUCUGGAGACCCAGGAGCGCCACCCUUAAGCGCUGGUUCCGCCGCCCCUUCCGCUACAGGUCUCGAGGUCCGCCCAGCACCAGCAGUACUUCCGGAGGAGCUGAGAGCUCGGCUGGAUAAAGUCAUUUAUUCAGAUAUUGGUGUUACGACUCUCCUGACACGAUUGAAGCAAAGUGUUGCCUCCGCCAGGGAUUUCGCUACAUUCCUGAAGAAAAGAUCCGUGCUGGAAGAAGAGCAUGCUCAGGGCUUGAGGAAGCUGGCGCGCUCCCUGUAUGAUGCUGCUCACCGACCCGAAAACCGCCAGGGGACAUAUAGUCAUGGAUGUGUCGAGCUCAACCAAUUCCACGACCGCAUGGCGGACCAUGGUCUUCAGUUCGCGGUGUCAUUGCAGCAAAUGUCGGACAACCUGAGUGAGCUCGCAGCGAACAUUGAAAAGGGUCGCAAGCAAUGGAAGCACGAAGGAUUGAACGCGGAGAAAAGAGUCAUGGAGGCGGAGAGCUUGGCCGAGAAAGCCAAGGCCAAAUACGACUCUCUAGCAGAGCAAUAUGACCGAGUGAGGACCGGAGAGAAGGCGGGUGGGAAGUUCGGCUUCAAGGGCACCAAAUCCGUUGCUCAACAGGAGGAGGACCUGCUGCGCAAGGUUCAAACCGCGGAUGCGGACUACGCUGCCAAGGUUCAGGCUGCUCAAUCAGCUCGUCAAGAGCUGGUAUCGUCCCAUCGGCCCCAGGCCGUGCACAAUAUUCAGCAAUUGAUCUCGGAAUGUGACUCGGGCCUUGCGCUGCAGAUGCAAAAGUUCGGAGCGUUCAAUGAGAAAUUGCUCCUGGGGCAGGGCUUAUCCAUCAGUCCCUUGAAGGAAGGAGGGGACAGUGCUACUAUUGCACCGAAGAGCCUCCGUGAAGUAAUCCAGACAAUCGAUAACCAGAAGGAUUACCACGACUUUGUUCUUAGCCAUGAAUUCAACUCUGGGGCUAUCAAUUCAGAGCAGAUCAAGUACCACCGUCAUCCUACCUUUGGUGGAGGAUCCUCUGAACCCGCGGCAUCCAGCCCUCAGUUUACAUCCUCGCAAAACAAGCGGCAUUCUGUCGUGAUGCCCCAGCCGGCUUCACAGCCCCCACCUGCGUCCACCCAGGCCCCUCCUCAACUGCCAGUUCAAAUACCAACAUCGGCUCCUUUCGAGAGCACCCAAUCCCUUCCGUACCCUCAGAAUCCAGACACCUUCUCCCCACCACCUUUCCAGCCUCCUUACCCUACGUCGUCAGGGCCUCCGCCUGAGCCACAGUUCGGGCACCCACCACCGCCCGUGCAGAAAGGUCCAUAUCCCCCACCAGGCAAUGGCUAUCCAUCGAGUCUUCCUCCUUUGAAACCAGUAUUUGGUAUUUCACUGGAUGAGCUGUACGCCCGCGAUGGAACCGCCGUUCCCAUGAUCGUGUAUCAAUGCUUCCAGGCUGUAGAGUUGUUUGGGCUUGAAGUAGAGGGUAUCUACCGGCUCUCAGGCAGUGCGAAUCACAUUAGCCAGAUGAAGGCCCUAUUCGAUAAUGACUCCUCUCAAGUCGAUUUUACCAAUCCGGAAAACUUCUAUCAUGAUGUGAACAGUGUUGCAGGGCUUUUGAAACAAUUCCUCCGAGAUCUCCCGGAUCCUCUCUUCACGUCUCAGGCAUAUUCAGGUUUCAUCGAUGCGGCCCGCAUUGACGAUGACAUUCAACGGAGAGACUCGCUUCAUGCAAUCAUCAACGGCCUUCCCGAUGCCCAUUACGCGACUCUGAGAGCAUUGAUCUUGCACUUGAACAAGGUUCAAGAGCACUACACGCAGAACCGCAUGAAUGCAGGAAACAUUGCCAUUUGCUUCGGCCCUACUUUGAUGGGCGCAAGCUCCGGCGGCAAUAUUGCAGAUGCUGGCUGGCAAGUUCGUGUCAUUGAGACAAUCCUGAACAACACGUUCCAAAUUUUCGACGAUGACUAG